CCUGUCCCCAAUGUAUCCAGGAGAAGGACAUCAGCCUAUAUGGAAUGGACAAAUCUUCCCCGGGAGUCAAGCGGGAAACUCAGUGCUCACCUCCCGAUUGGGAGGGGGUGUCUGGCUACUAAUGGGUCGUUUUUAGGAAGGUGAGCUGUGUGCAGUUGGAAAAGGAGAGGUUGCGACAAGCUGAGCUCACGGCAAAGGCCUUUGGGGUGGGGAAUGUGAACAGGGUCACUUGGGCAGGACACACAUCAGGUCUUUUAAGUCAGCGGCUGUGAGCGGACAGGAGCAGGUCCACAGAGUCCUGCAUAAAGCUUGGGAAGAGAGCAGAACCAGGAUCAGGGGAAGUGUUGGGGAGGACUCACAACUCCAGGAUAAUGGCAGAGAAGACGGCUGUGGACCAGGGGGUGAAAUGGGCAACAGACCUGAUUGAACAGAAGCUGGCACUGGAGGAGGAGGAAGAACAGGUGAGUCUUGGGGAUGCAUUCCUGGGACUCAGGAGGCAGACCCAGUGGCUGUACUGGAUGGGGCCUGGAUAUCCAUGGGAGGGAGACUUGACCCACGGAGAAGGAUCUCAUGUUCUUGCCAACCACAGGAGAUGGGACAGCUUUACUAUGAAGUGGUGUGAAAUGGUUGUUUCGAAGCAGCCGAUUUAUUUCCUGUAACCUCCUUUCCAUGUAAUUAGCAACUAAUAUAUUGGAAAGGGGGUCACCAUUUUGACUGUUCGAGUAAGGGAUGUUUAAGGCUGGCGCUGCUAUCUCUGCCCCAAACGAAAAUGUAAUAGAAAAAAGAAGGUCACGGAACUGAGAAAUUGUACAAAACAAAUGAAAUACCAUGAAAAUCCCUGAAACGAGAAGUAAUUGACUAUAAAUAUUAUCUUGUGGAAAUCAACUAAAUAAUAAAAAAAAUCAAAAAGCUUAAGGAAAAAAAUUAGAAAAACCUAAAAUAGAACAAAGCCUUAACGGGAUGCCGGCUACAAACCUCGUUUCACUGAACUAUUCAGUUUCCUCAGAAGGAAAUAGAAAAAUCAUAAACUUUAAAUGACCAAAAUUCAAACAAGGGUAGAACCCCAACAAUUCUGACGUAUUUAUAAUUCCUAGCUCGACCUAGGUAAAAUAAAGCGCAGUAAUAAAGGAUUGAGGACUCAAAAGUACAGUUUCUAAUACUGAAUUUACAAAAAAGGUUUGAAAACCUAAAUAGCAAGUUUUAAACAAAGCUCACUUGAAGAGUGGCUUAUUUAUUUGGUUGCAUUUAUUUCAUGUGCUUUAGACAGUUUGUUGUAGGCAGCCUAGUAAUUAUGCAGUGCUUAUUCUGGGCAGCUUCAGAGAGAUGCCCCACCAGAGACCAUGGGGAGAAGAAGAGGGAAAUAAGGAUAACAAUGAUAAACUACCUCUAGAGACUGCGAUCUACUCCCACUGUAAAAAAACUGGCAGUGAUCUACCCAUUCGAUUUACCAAAGUUGUUGAGCUUUUUUUUAGGGAGCAAAGUUGUUGAAGCCAAAGUUGUUGAACUGUGUGUGUUUUUUGGGGGGGGAGAUCAUGUGAUCAACCGCAAUCAACCACGCCCCCCCCGCGAUCGACCAGUAAAUCGCGAUCGACCUGUUGGACAUCCCUGCUCUAGGGCCUCAAAAGAGACUGAUGUGGAGAGACCAUUUUGAGGCUGACAGCAAUUUUCAGGAAAAGGGUCUCUCAUGAAAACCAGUCUGCUUAUCACUGUGAUCAUAGAAUACAUCUAAUUUUUAAAAAUGCGUGGAAAGAGAAGCCACAGCUCACUACACGGUCAAAAGAAAAGAGGUUCGGGAUGCUGCAAUGCUUUUCCUGUCUCCUGUUUGCUUCACCCAGAAACACCGUUCCUGCCCCCCCGCAGAACCGCCAGUCGUGGGCCGGCUAGAUACUCCACUUCUGGAGGAUGAGAAGAAGCACGGGCCUCUCAACAAAGGUCUUGAGGGGCUUAAGGUGAGAGAGGCUGCAGCCCUCAGAGAGGCUCCUGUAUCCUACUCUGUUGGACACAAAGCUUUAUAAUGUAUGAAUUUAUAAUACUCCUGGGGGUAUCAUCCAGGAUCUCUCAAUCCAGUAGUCACAAGGAUCCAGUGGAAGCGUCUUAAGUUGUCUUUCCUGGCAUUAUAAGCCAUGCCAUGUUAACGGCCUUUCCAGUGUAGUGUAAUGGUUAGAGUAAAGCAGCAAGGUUGGGUGAGGCCUGGGUUCAAAUCCCCGCUUAGCUCACUGAGUGACUCUUUGGCCAGUCACUCACUCUGAGCCUAAUCUGCCUCCUCGCAGGGCUCUUGUGAGGAUAAGGUGGAAAGGAAAGAGACAGCCUAAGCUCCUUGGGGGAAAGGUGGAAUAAAACAAUACUAACAGAUAUUACACAGUCAGGAAAGACCAAUUACGGAGUAUGCCUGCUUAUGGUUUCUCUUCCUUUCCCUGGGCGUACAUUCCAGAUGAAUUCCCAAGUGCCUUUUCUGCCCUCUAGUGGCUAAAUACUUCCACCGUUCCCUAAUAUUGGUGUGAUAUCAGUGUCCCCCCCCCAAAAGACAAUAUUUAGGGAUAGUCUCAUUUUCCUACUCAUAUUGAAAUACUGCCUCUCAAUGAGGCCAAAGUUAGAGUCACAAAAUGUUUAGGGGUAUGUGUACCCCUGUGUCCCCCCCAGAAAAAAAGCACUGAUAAUAAUAGCCUUCCCAGGUACAAUGCCCCUAUCCUGACUCUAGCCAGUGCUGGCCCAUCUGUGAGGUAAAAGCCGGUGACCGCCUUGGGAAGCAGGAUCUACAAGGGUGGCAGAUCCAGCCUCUAAUGGGUUAUCUAGAUCAGUACAGUCUACACCAGGCAUAGGCGAACUCGCCCUCCAGAUGUUUUGGGACAACAACUCCCAUCAUCCCUGACCACUGGUCCUGUUAGCUAGGGAUAAUGGGAGUUGUAGUCCCAAAACAUCUGGAGGGCUGAGUUUAACUAUGCCUGGUCUACACUGACUGGCAGAGGCUCACCAGGAUUUCAGAGAGGAUGAAUCUCUCCCAGCCCUACCUAGAGAGGCCAGGCAUUGAACUGGGGCUUUCUGGGUGCAAAGCAAAACACCCUUCCACCCAGCUAUGGUCCUUCCAUAAAUCUCUGUAUCAGUAGGACUUGGGUUCCUUCAAGCUCAAGUCGGACCACCAGCCAUAUAUUGCAGCCUGCCCACCAAGUGCUUGACAGCCCCCCUCCUUGAUUUCUGCCGUUCCCUGACAGGCAGCCAAGCCAGGAGAUUUACAGAGCCCCGGUGGGCUGUCAUUCAAGAUCGAUGGACGGCCAGCAUGCAGCUUGGCAGGCCACAAGCUACGCUGAGUGUGUUUUUUCAGUGCAGUACUAAAAAUAAACCCAACACGGUAAUAUAGUAAAACAGUACAUAAAAGUAACGUCGUUUUAUCUAGCACCAGAGCAGGAAAGUUAAUGUUCUGAUAGCUACAUAGGAAGUUCUGGGCGACAUGUGCUGUUAUUAGGUACAAAUUCUGCACACACCACCAGCAAGGCCCACAUGGUAAGAGAAAAGUCGUGGAUAUUCCUUUUAUAAUCUCCAUUUCCUGCAGGAAGUUUCAUUUCAUAAUGAGACAGCUGGGACUCUAGUUGGCCUGGGAACCCAGUUCUCUCAUGCCUUUGGGGGACAAAAGAAACACACUCUGCAUAUGCUCAGAUAUGCUCCUGCAUGCUCUAGGGCUGAGCUCUCUUUUUAAAAAGGGCUGAACCCAUUGGCUCCAUUGCAGAAUGCUGCUGUUCCCAGACUCUGCUGAACUCUGCUCCACUGUCCUCAGCCUAGCAGGAUAUCUUGCUUGGAAUCUGGAACAGUCCAACCACCUCCCCCCACCCCCACCCCCUUCGAGGAUCUUUCAGGCAAGCAUUCAAAGGAAGUUGCUCUCUUGGCGAGUGAAAGGGGAGAAGCCAACAUGAGUCAGCAGGACUUUACGUUGCUCAUCACACUGCCAAUUUUAAAUGUGAGGACUGGAGUAAACAAAGACAAAAAUAAUCCAUUUGAUCAGCAAGCCCUUGGUUACAAUUAGCUGGCCGAGCCCGGCCCUGCCAUUAGGCAAAGGGAGCAUUGUUGCCUUGGACAGGAAGCAGUGGAAGGCAGAGCUGUGUUGAUGACAUUGCCUACCCUGCACCUCCUAAGCUCCUUGGCUGUGUUGGGAGCAAGAUCAAACUUCCCAUCCACUUAGCAGCUGCACAUGGAAAGAGGGGCACCAUCUCAUCCUUCGCCUCUGGGCAGGGCCUCUUGGGCCAGCCCUAACAGGAAAGCAAAAGAAAGGGGUGGGGGAGAGUGGAUUUGCUGCUAAGGGGGGAAAUAAAAGCAGGGAUUUAGUCCUAAGCAAGAGUUUUUCUGUAUAAAUCUCUCUCCUCCCACAGGGCCAGGAAAGGGUGCGGAAGAGCUCUGUGGACCUGAGACGAGAGAUCAUCCAAGUUGGAGGCACACAAUACCUCUUCGAGCUGCGCAAAAAGCCUAAGAAGAAAAAAGAGGAGAAGAAACCAGAGCCUGAGCCAGAGGAGAUUGUAAGGGGUGGUGGGAGCUUCUAUAAGUGGGAGGGGGGAAAGGGGCUACGGAGGCGGCAGCAGGGAGAGCCUGAGAUUCACCCAGGAGCAGCAGAAGCAAGAUGGCAUAGCUCCAGUACAAGGGAGUUGCCUUAUACUGAGUGGGCUUCUUGGUCCACCUAGUUCAGUAUCACGCACUCUGACUGGCAGCAUCCUCCCCAAGUUUCAGACAGGGGGACGUUCCUGGUCCUGCUUGGAGAUACCAGGGGCUCAACAGCUCUUCCCCCAGGGAGGAGUCCUCGGGCAAGGUCCCAUGAGUGGGGCCCACUUUGCUGUCGCCGUUGUUGCCUCUGCCCACUUGAUUGCCCUCUCCCUUUGGCUACCAUCUAUCCAGCUGUCUGGAGGGAGAGGGCAGAGUGUGGUGGGCCUCCUGCUCUCUCCUCCUUGCUCUUAUCCCUGCUCAUUGCGUACUGGCAGCGUCAGUAAGGAGGAAGAGCAACAACAGCCAGAGCCCAGGGGCUUCAGCGGUCGCGGGUUGUUAGUACUGAGAUGAAUAGGAUCCAAAAUGCAGCAGUCUGAUUGGUCCUAGAACAAUAGGAUUCAGAAUGCAGCAGUCUGAUUGGUCCGCAGGAGCCACCCAAUCCAGCUCCAGGUGGAAAUGAAUCCACAACCUGAUUGGCUUACAGGAGAAUCCCGGAAUUAGCCAAUCACGUGGGGCCCAUUGUGUAAACAAUGUAUCUAAAGCAAACAGUUUGGGGGAUCUUCCAUUCCUCUCUACUAUGAGCUGAAUAAAGAGUAUGAAAUCCACACUCGACUCCCGAGUAUAUUUCAUGGGUGGUGGAGGAAACCCUGCUGGGGGGUGGGCAGGUGCCCAAGGACCCUGAUCUCCAACACUCACCCUGCAGAGAGCUAAUCGUGCUUCCGGGGCCCUCUCAAAAUGCAUACCCCAUCCCAUGUGCGUGGGGGAUCAGGAAUGGCUUUGCCCCUGCUCCUUUUUCCAGAAAAGCCUUUGUGAUGAAAUUUUAUUCAUUUUUAUGAUUCGUUUCCUACAAUUUAUAUGCCGCUUGAUUGUUUUUUUAAAAAAGAAGCUUCUAAAGUGGUCCAAGCCCCUCGCCGUGGGCUUUCAGAGCUUUUGCAACACCCAUUGCAGCGUCGACCCUUUCCCCUGCAGACGGGCCCUGUGACGGAAGAGGACUUCUUGAAAGCAGCUGUGCAAGGCAAGGUGCAUGUGGUGGACAAGUUCCUGGCAGACGGGGGAUCCCCAAACGCCUGUGAUGAGGUACGACGCAGGGAGCAGAGCUUGUUCUUUUCAUGAAAUGCCUUCAAAUGCCAUCACCCUGUUCGGAGAACCAACCAUCUCCACCCUUGGGAUAAGGCUCACAGCAGAGCAUUGGUGUGUGUGUGGCUUCUGCAAGCAAUUCAGGAUAAUAAUAAUAAUAUUAUAAUAAUUUAUUAUUUAUACCCCGCCCAUCUCGCUGGGUUUCCCCAGCUACUCUGGGCGGCUUCCAACGGAAUAUUAAAAACAAUACAGCGUCAGACAUUAAAAACUUCCCUAAACAGGGCCGCCUUCAGUUGUCUUUUAAAAGUAAAAUAGUUGUUUAUUGCCUUGACAUCUGCUGGGAGGGCAUUCCACAGGGCAGGUGCCGCUACCGAGAAGGCCCUCUGCCUGGUUCCCUGUAACCUCACUUCUCGCAGUGAGGGAACCACCAGAAGGCCUUCAGCACUGGACCUCAGUGUCCGGGCUGAAUGAUGGGGGAGGAGACACUCCUUCGGGUAUACAGGACCGAGGCCGUUUAGGGCUUUAAAGGUCAGCACCAACACUACUCAAUCACUAUGUCAUGUGAAGAAGCCCUAAUUCUGUCCUUCACUUAGUUCCGCAGGACAGCAUUGCACCGUGCCUCACUUGAGGGGUACGUGGAGAUUGCAGAGAAGCUUUUGGCCCAUGGAGCCACUGUCGACUUCAGAGAUCGAGUAAGAUAACCCUUCAUUGCAUCAUUCUGUAUCUAUGCCCGCUCAUUCCCCACCACCACUACCCUGCUAUCUCCAUCUAUGCCCAUAUAUGCUUCUUCUAAGCUACUACUAUCAGUUUUCUCUCUCUGGUACAGGGGUAGCAUUUACUGGGUGCUCCAGGUAAAAAAAAAAAAAGACUGGCAUUGUGUUGCGUUCUGAAAGCAAAGGAAGGACUGGACCUUGAGUAAUACAAUAGACACGAGGCUUGACCAGCAAGACCCUGGGAGAAAGUGCGCAUCCCACUGCCUGGCCCAGGUCAUUUUUAGUCACAAAAGAACUUUAACACAGCAUUUGUAAGAACCAAUCAGAUUUCCUCUGAGCAUUUCAAAAAAUCCCUACGUGGGGACAAAUUCAGAUCAGAGGAAGCCUCUUAACUACAAAGAACUAUUUACUAUAUGAGCAUGCAUACAUGUUUAGGCUAAAUAAACAGGAACCAAGGAGGAAUGCAUUUAGCAAACCUCAGAAGUAAUAACCCACAGUAAAAGGAAAUGCAGGCAUUUUACCACCUCCAUGUGAAUUCUGUUCCUGGCCCUAUGAUCUACCUAAAGAUUAACAAAAGCUACAUCAAAGCUACCUCCUUCAAAGCUGCCUCCUUAUUUUUAUGUGCCCAGGAUGCCUGGUAAGCAACUGGUCUGUGCAGAAUGCUUUACACGUGACUGUCAGGCAUAGAGAAAAUGGGGCAGAGAUGCAGAGGCUUGUGGGAUUGAUCAGAAAUCAUGUUGAUGACCCAAACCCAGUCAAAGCGAUGCUUUCGCCGCUGACACAAUGGCUUGCUUCAUUUUUCAUAAUUCCUCAUAGCAAUCCUACAUGACCACUACAGCUUUGUUAUUUUAAGUAAUGCUAGGAGAUGGAGUUGCAUGAAUCUCAAAAGGGUUUGGGGCAGGGAAGGAAGGGGGUGAACACAGGUGCAGGAGGGAGAGGUUCUCCUCUUCUGAUGGAUGUGUACUGCUUGCCAACAGCUGGACUCCACAGCCAUGCACUGGGCCUGCCGAGGAGGACAUCUGGACGUGGUGAAGCUGCUGCAGGAGAAAGGAUCCAAUCUCAAUGUCAAGGACAAGGUGAGGAAAGUGGGGAGUCCAGGAUUUGGUUCAUGGUGGGAAAACAGCACUGUGGGAGGAACUCGGCAAGCAGACAAUGGUGGGGGAAGGAGAUUGCGCAGGAGGAGUGGAAAGAAGGAGGUUUUAAGGGACUGUGGGAUCUUGCAGCUAUUCUGGGUUAACAGGAAGGUGGUUCUGUUCUGGAGCAAUGCAAGGUCCUUCCAAUAAGAACAUGAUGAAGCACAGGAUGGAAGCAGGGGCACUAACAUGAAAUCAUGUUUCCCCUUUCUCGCUCCUGUCUUCACCACCUGCCCAAAUCCAGCUUCUCAGCACUCCUCUGCAUGUGGCCACCCGUACUGGCAUGGCGGAGAUUGUGGAGCACCUGAUAAACAAUGGGGUGGAUGUCAAUUCCCGUGACCGGGUAAGAGGCACGUUGUGUGGUUGCUUAUUGCAGUGCACCCUGCUCAUUUAAUUCCAGAAACUUAAUGUGAGUCUAGGCAGUAGACUCACAUCUAAUUCCAGAAACUUAAUGUGAGUCUAGGCAGUAAUUGUACACACGCACAGGGUUGUGUAGGAAUCACACCAAUCCGUGGAAGGGCAGGUUAUAAAUAUAAUACACAAUACAUGGAUAUACAAAGUCCUUUCUAUAGGGAGGUGCGUGCAUGCACACAAAACAAGAAAAGGUAAAAGGGAAAGAUCAAGUUUUAAAAGGUGGUAUAUUAACUUAAUAAUGUCAAUAAUAUCCCCUUCCUUACUGCCUUCAGUUCCUGAGUCCUAGUCCUUGUUUCUCUUCUUUUCAUCGAAAGCUGAGCUGCCCUGUAUACCAGCAGCUCUAUACCUCUCUAGUAAUUUUUAGCUAGGGAUGCACAAACCGAGAGAUCAUCCAUGGAUAUUCCCUAAUCCCCAGAGUUAGUACCUUCCAUCCAUUAGAAUGGGGAAAUUGCAGCCUACUCUGUCGAUGGCACGCAGAAAGGCUUUACGUUCAGCUGGCUUAAGUCUUUUGUGGUACAGUAUUUGCCAUGCUCUUCUCUCAUUAGCUCACCAACUGAUCUCUGUCCACAAAGCUAUCUAUACUCAGUGCACCCAGACUCUCGUUUCGAAACACUUGAUCGAUCUGAACUGGAAGAGCAGGCGGGUAAACUAACACUUUCUGCUAGUCUUAUGAGCAGUGAGCAUAAGUGUUCUGGUGGCUGCCUGUCCUUGCCUUACACAUAAUGGUGCUGCCAUGUCUGUUGCAGGAGGGAGACAGUGCCCUGCACGAUGCUGUGCGCCUCAAUCGCUACAAGAUCAUUAAGAUGCUGAUUCUGCAUGGGGCAGACAUGAUGGCCAAAAACCUGGUGAGUGUUUCCCCCUUGUGGCUUAUGCAUGGAAUAACAAUGCAAAGUACUAGAUUCAGGUAGGCAGCCGUGUUGGACUGAUAUAGUCAAAGGAAAUAAAAAAAUUAAAAAAUUGUCCAGUGGCACCUUAGAGACCAACUAAGUUUGUUCUGAUCUCUAAGGUGCUACUGGACAAUUUUUUAAUUUUUUUUUAAUUUAAUGCAAAGUACAUCUGCUUCUUAAGGGACAUGGGUGGAGCUGUGGGUUAAACCACAGAGCUUAGGGCUUGCCAAUCAGAAGGUCAGCGGUUCGAAUCCCCGCGACGGGGUGAGCUCCCGUUGUUCAGUCCCUGCUCCUGCCAACCUAGCAGUUCGAAAGCACGUCAAAGUGCAAGUAGAUAAAUAGGUAUCGCUCCGGCGGGAAGGUAAACAGCGUUUCCGUGCUCUGCUCUGGUUCACCAGAAGCAGCUUAGUCAUGCUGGCCACAUGACCCGGAAGCUGUACGCCGGCUCCCUCAGCCAAUAAAGCGAGAUGAGCGCCGCAACCCCAGAGUCGGCCACGACUGGACCUAAUGGUCAGGGGUCCCUUUACCUUUACAUCUGCUUCCCAAUAUGUCCUUUUGAUUCAUCAUGGUUUGUGUCCUGGCAUAGGCAAACUCAGCCCUCCAGAUGUUCUGGGACUACAACUCCCACCAUCCCUAGCUAACAGGACCAGUGGUCAGGGAUGAUGGGAGUUGUAGUCCCAAAACAUCUGGAGGGCCAAGUUUGCCUAUGCCUGGUUUGUGCUCUUUGAUGUCACUUUCAAUUCUGCUUUUGCCUGCAGAAGUUUUGGGACAGUCAUAUGGCUUUGUUUCCAGUUGGUGCAUGUCUCAUGGUCUCCUGCCAUACCCCAGAUGCUCUUGGUUUAGGGCUUCCCCCUGCUUUCGUUGUGCUAUAGUGCAAGGGUGCCCUCCCAGUGGCAAUGUGAUAUCAUUGUGGAAGCAUGGCAGAACAACUACAGUAAUAAAGUGGAAUGAUGUGGAUGCUUCAGAAUAAAUCCACCACUAAGGCACUAUUAUUGUAUCAAUGACAUGUUUCAGACUACAUUUGCAAAAAAAUUAAAAUAAAAUAAAAAUCUGUCUGGAGGAGACCCCAGAAGCAUGCUUUCUUAAUUUCAGGUGCUGCCUGUGUCAGUUUUUUUGCAGUCUGUUGGUUAGAAGCUGCAGUUUUGUAACCCAAGGAUGCUGGUCUUUCCACAGGCUGGGAAGACACCCACCGACCUGGUGCAGCUGUGGCAGGCAGACACGCGGGAAGUGCUGGAGAAGCGAGAGCCCGAGGCAACAGAGUUGCCAGCAUGAGCAAACGGACAAAAGAUGGAAGUCCAAGCAAGGACGGUUCUGGACUUGGGAGAGGCUGUGCCAUUAACACUCAAUAAAGAACCAAGCAAACGAAAAA